AUGACUGCUGUAGGCCUUCCUCCUUACCGGACCCUGCUGCCAUUAUUAUUAUGGGUAGUGUGUGAGGUUUUGGUGGGGACAUCUGACUCGGAAAGAUGUGUGUACCUGGACCACGCACGACACCUUGAUACUGUGGGUCUCUCCCAGGAUGGAGAUGUGGUCAUUGGUGCACUUAUCAGUUUCUAUGUGCUGCCACCGACCUUUGACCUGAGCUUCACCAAACACCCCUACCUGCCGCCCUGCUCUGAAUUUCAGGAAAGUCCCGUGCAGUGGGCUCAGGCCGUUGUCUUUGCUGUGGAGGAGAUUAACAGAAAUUCUUUUUUGUUGCCGGGGAUUCGACUGGGCUACCGUAUCGUGGAUACCUGCACACGCUAUCCUUAUAGCCUGAGAGCAGGGAUGUCCAUGAUCAGUGGAGGGAACGGCACAUGUGAGACCACCCGACCUGCCAAAAUUCUCCUUGGAGACUCAGAUUCAACACAGUCUAUUAUAAUGUCGAGAGUUCUGACCCCACUGCAUUUUCCACUGAUUAGCUACCUGUCUACAUGUGUGUGUCUCAGUAACAGACGUGAGUAUCCUAAUUUCUUUCGCACAAUCCCGAGUGACAUGUAUCAGGCGCGGACCAUGGCCCAGAUGGCCAAACGUUUUGGCUGGACCUGGGUUGGUGCUGUGGUGGCAGACAGCGACUAUGGGCUCCAAGCAUUGCAGGCAUUUCGAGAUGAGAUAAAAGGUACUGGCAUCUGCCUUGCUUUUGUUAGCACUCUUCUCCGUGAAAAACUGGCAAAAGACGUUGACCAUGCAGUGAAGAUGGUGCAGAGCUCAUCUGCUCGAGUGAUCAUGGUAUUUGCUUGGUAUAUGGAUGUGGAGGUGUUUCUUACUGAACUAGUUCGCAGAAAUGUGACAGACCACCAGUUUCUUGCCAGUGAGAUUUGGAGUACUAGUAGCCUUCUCUUGAGCAACCCUGUGCUAACCACCAUUGCUCAAGGCACAUUAGGAGUGGCUAUUAGGAGUGCACCGAUUCCUGGAUUUGAGAAACACCUGCAAGAGCUCCAUCCCAGUCGGUAUCCUCAAGACACAAUCCUGAGAGUGUUAUGGGAAAGGACAUUUGGCUGCAGCCCAGUGCUGAACAACAUGGUAGUCUCCCAGAGUGGCUUACCACCAUGCAGUGGGAAGGAGAGUCUAAAGGAUGUUCAGAAUAGUUUUACAGAUGUAUCCAACUUAAGGGUCACUUACAAUGCGUAUCUGGCUGUUUAUGCUGCUGCAUAUGCGCUGCACUCACUGCUGCAGUGCACUGCACCUGACAGUUCUGACCCCACCAUGGCCCCAGGCUGCUCAUCUCCAGACAUCAUCACUGCACAACAGCUCUUAGAGAACCUAAAGCUGCUCAAUUUUACAACUCAGCUUGGAGAGAAGUUUUAUUUUCAAGAUGGAGAGAUUCCAGCUGUCUAUGACAUAGUGAAUUGGCAGAGAGAUCCUGGAGGAGCCUUGCAAUAUGUCCUCGUUGGCCGAUUGGAGGGGUCUAACCUCAUGAUUAACGAAUCUGCAAUCAGCUGGACAGAAAACUCAAGCAAGGUGCCUGUGUCUGUGUGCACUGUUGAAUGCCCCCCAGGGACACGCAAAGCUGUAAGGCAGGGGGUGCCAGUCUGCUGCUUUGACUGCCUCCCCUGCGCUGAGGGCGAAUUCAGCAAUGACACAGGCUCACUAGAAUGUCAUCAUUGCCCUCCAGAAUUCUGGUCCAACAGUCACAGGACUGCAUGUAUACCGCGUGAGGUCGAGUACCUCUCCUUUAAUGAGACAAUGGGGAUCACCUUGACGACUGUUGCUGUGUGCGGUGCCAUGAUGACAGCAGCUGUGGUUGUGGUUUUUGUGUACCACAGGCAGACUCCUAUCGUCAAAGCCAAUAACUCAGAGCUGAGCUUCCUGCUCCUGGUGUCACUCAAACUCUGCUUUCUGUGUUCACUGGUGUUUGUGGGUCAGCCCUCAUUAUGGUCAUGCAGACUACAGCAAGCAGCGUUUGGGAUCAGUUUUGUUCUCUGCAUCUCGUGCAUCCUGGUGAAAACCAUUGUGGUUCUGGUGGCAUUCCGUUCAGCUAGACCUGGAUCUGCAGCCCUUAUAAAGUGGUUUGGCCCAGGGCAACAAAGAGGAAGUGUUCUGUUCUUUACCUGUAUUCAGGUGAUUAUUUGUGCUGUAUGGUUGUCCCUCAGUCCCCCCUUUCCUCACCGCAACUUAAGGAUUCAAGGGUCGAAGAUCAUCUUAGAGUGCAUGGUGGGGUCAGUAACAGGCUUCUCACUGGUUUUAGGCUACAUUGGUCUUUUAGCUGCUGUUUGCUUCCUACUAGCAUUCUUUGCCCGAAAACUUCCAGAUAAUUUUAAUGAAGCAAAAUUCAUCACUUUCAGCAUGCUGAUCUUCUGUGCUGUGUGGAUCACCUUCGUUCCAGCAUACAUCAGCUCACCAGGAAAAUACAGUGUCGCUAUAGAGAUAUUUGCCAUCCUGGCUUCCAGUUUUGGUCUCCUUAUCUGUAUAUUUGCUCCAAAAUGUUACAUUAUUUUAUUAAAACCAGAAAACAACAGCAAGAAAUUUCUCAUGGGAAAACCACAAUAG